CCGAACAAUCCCCCAAAUGCCCCCAAAACUCCAUACAAAAAAAAACCAAGCCAAUUCCCCUCAAAAAUAUCCGUAACGCCCUCCCCCCCUCUGAAAAACCAAUUCUCACCCGACAAGGGCAAUGAAAAACCUAAUAAUGCCCCCGAUAAACCAACAUUAACAAACGUAUAAUGCGGGGUUAUUCAGUGUUAAUAGUAAAUGUACAGUAUCAACCAAUCAGCGCAUCGAUAAGGAUAAACGCAAAUUGUACGCGGGGAACGUGUAACCCCUAUUGGCCAGUUAAAGUGAGGAUGAUGGCACCGUGAUGGUAGAACAUGGCUGCUACGCAAGCCGAGAGCCAACAAAACGAUGUAAAGCACAAUGAAACAGUGAAAUGUAAUAAAAAAAGGGGACAAAAUAGUGGUAAUAGUGCAAGUGUUAGUAUUAAUAAGCAGCUUGAACAAGAGCCCACCGAUAAAAUAAAUCGGGGCGCGGCCCAGCUGCUCAAGUAUGUGAAUCGUGGUGACGGUGAUACUGGAUACGAAAUGAGUCAAUAUCGUGAGGACAUUGGUGGACAUAACGUUGGUGAUGUCAAAUCACCGCGGGAUGGGCCACAAAAUUCUCAGAAUAUAUCGGGUAUUGGGGGUGGUGAUGGUAGUACUAGUAAACAGGAGUCACAGGGACAGUUACAACAGCAUGAACAAACACACAGUCAGCAUGGUGGACAACACUCUGGUGGGCAUGCUAUUCAUGGACAUUCUGGACAUCAUUCGGGUCAUUCACCGCAUAAUAUACAUCAGUCACAUGGGGUUGGACAUGGGGCCAAUUAUUCGGGGGGCAAUCCAACUGGUGGACAACAUUUGUCCAGGGAUUAUCAUCAGGAUGAUUAUCAGGGAAAGUCGAGUGAUUUUGGGGGAAAACAAACGCCUGGGGAGUAUCAUAAACCUGGAUUGAGUGAGGGACAGAGUGAGGGGAGGCAUCAUUCGGAGAUGGAGGAGCAUUACUCCUCGAAAAUUGAGGGGAGACUGGGGCAUAUUGUGCCUGGGGGGUUUCCCGGACAGCCGAGGUUCUUGUCUGGUCAGAGUAUAUCGCAGGCCACUGGACCCACGCCUACUUUGAAUCAGCUGCUACAGGCCACCAGCUCACCGCACAGGUUUCAUCCUAAUUAUCCGGGGAUUGCUCCGGAGUCGUAUCAACAACCCUGGCCCAUGCAGAGACCUCCUGUUGUACCACCAGUAUAUCCACAGCCCAGUCAACGACCUCCACAAACUGGAUCACCGAGGCUACAUCCUGGACCUGGUGGACCCAGUUCACCCACUCCCAUGCCCUAUCAGCCGUACACGACGCGAUAUCCAUCACCUGCCAGGCCUCACUCUCCUUAUGGACAUCAUCAGUUGAACUCAUACGCGACACAGGGAGGUCACCCCCCAAGCUUGUACCCCGACCAGAGGGCCUGGAACCAAGCUGGACCUCCUAAUGCCCCACCACCUCCUCCCAGUCAGGCGAAUUCAUCGAGUCAGUCGCCUCAGCGUGCACUCUCCCAAUCCCCGGCACCGCCGCCCUCGGCAUCGCCCCAGCCCCAGCCGACGCCUGGACAACAACAGAAUUAUCACAAUAUGCAACGAUCUACGACUCCUAAUACUCAAGGAAUUGACUCUGGGGAACUCUCUGGUCAAAAUAGUAAUGACAGUUCUAACGGGCCCGCGGGUCCAGGAACACCAAAUUCCCAGGGGAUGAGACCGACACCAUCACCAACCGGCUCGACUGGUUCACGUUCAAUGUCGCCAGCUGUUGGCCAGCAAAACGUCCAGAUGCCACCUCGGCCAUCGUCAAGCCAGUCCGAUGGUAGUGGCCCAGCAAGAAUGAGUCACUCACCAAUGGCAACCCAGGGUGGUUAUCAGCAGCCCCUUGGCCCAUCUGGACACAUGCAUGGCUACAAAAUGAACAGCAGUGGUGUACCAACACCGCCAACAGGCAUUGGUGGACCAAUGGGUCCAAUGGGUGGUGCUGGUAUGGGUUAUCCAGCAAGUGGUAAUGCACCACAGAGCGGUGGUUAUCCUGGACAAACCCCAGGUGGUUAUCCACCACCAAGACCACACAUGUCAUUUCCAGGACAGGGCUAUCCACCGCCAACAAAUUCCCAGCAUCCACCAGCAGCUCCCAAUAAUCAGUAUCAACCGGCCAGACCAAAUAAUUUGGUGCAAUAUCCACCCUAUCCCCACAAAAUGGGUUUCAACAGUGUACCACCUGGUAUGCCACCGAGUCCAGGCCCACCACCCCCUCCACCAUCCCAGGGUGGUGUCAAUUAUGGUGGCAGUGGUGGUGUGCCAACGAAUACACCAAUGACAACUGGUGGAAUUGGUAAUAUGGGACCACCAGCCAGCUCGAUGGGUCCACCACCUCCAUCGCCCAAUCACGUUGGCAAUUCACAGCAACAACAGCAGCAGCAGCAGCAUUCACCAGCUCCACCACCACCACCACCACCCCCACCAGGGCCAUCAGCCACUGGACCACCUGGACAACAGCAUCAGCAUCAACAUCAGAAUGCACAGCAUUCACAUCCACAUCCACAGCAUCCACAUCAUCCACCACAUCAAGGAUCUCAACAUCAAUAUCCACAGCACUCACAUCCUCAGCAUCCACAUCCACCAGCUGCCACACCACCGUUGAAUCAUGAGGGCAGCCCUAUGCCACCACCAAGUACCACACCAAAUUCACAUCCUGCUCCAGCACCAACGCCCACCAGCCAUGGGGGAGGGGACAUCGGUGGGGAUACCUCCAAUGACAGUGGAAUUACUACUACUGCUUCGGGCACUGCUGCUAUCAAUGUUACUUCGACGUCUAGUGGGACUGUUACUUCGGUUAUUACCACUGGACCUGAUGGCACCAGCAUCGACGAGGGGUCGCAACAGUCUACUUUGUCAAAUGCCUCUGCAGUAUCCGCAGCAUCUGGCGAAGACCCCGCAUUCACCCCAAAGAUCCGCAAGGACAUGAUUGGUGGUUACCACAGUCAUCCAGCUACGCCGCAGAGUACAGUACCAUCACCAGGCGCAGCCAGCAUUAAUUCGAUACACGAAGAGUAUCCCGAUAUCAACAGUCCCAGCUGGCCACGCACCCCAGCCAGUCCUGUGUUUAACAGUCAUGUGCCUCAAGACCCGUACAGAUCUAAGAAGCCAGAUAGCCUGGCGAAACUCUACGAGAUGGACGACUCCCCCGAGCGACGAAAUUGGCUGGACAAAUUAGUGUCAUUCAUGGAGGAACGGAGAACACCUAUAACCAGCUGUCCUACCAUCUCCAAGAACCCCCUCGAUCUGUUUCGUCUUUAUCUCUACGUGAAGGAAAGGGGGGGCUUCAUGGAGGUAUGCAAGGUGACGAAGAACAAAACGUGGAAAGACAUUGCUGGAUUGUUGGGCAUUGGCGCGAGUAGUAGUGCAGCGUACACACUUCGUAAACAUUAUACAAAGCAUUUGCUGACGUAUGAGUGUCACUUCGAUCGAGGUGGAGUUGAUCCACAACCGAUUAUAAAUCAAGUUGAGGCAGGAUCUAAGAAAAAGGGGUCUAAGGGCACUGCAUCAGUUCCAUCUCCAGGCUCCUCUAAUUCCCAAGACUCUUUCCCAGCAGCUGGAUCGAGUAGUGCCUCAAUGGACGGUUAUGGAAAUUAUCAGAGCAAUUAUCAGGGUGGCAAUCAGGGUGGACCACCGUCUGACUACACACCACCACCCCCGAGACCGCCGAGUCAGAGUAGUGCACCAUCGCCCCAUCAGGGUAUGCAGCAGGGAAAUUAUCAGAAUGCUGGAUCGUACCAGAAUUAUCCACAGGAGCAGUAUAUUCGACCGCAGGGAGGUCCAAUGAAUCAACAGGGUGAAUUCAACCAGCCUUAUUCACCGAGAUCUCAUUAUCCUCCGUAUGUCUCUGAACCUGACAGGGUGUACCCAGGUGGAAACAUUCCAGGAAACAGUGGGCCAGGUCAAGACAUGUACAACAGAUACAGUGGCCCCCAGCAGCCGGGUUAUCCCCCGGGUCAAACGCCCCCAGGUAGAUCAGCGAAUUAUCCUCAGCCAGCUCAAAAUCAGCCCCCAUCAACGAGCCAGCCCUCAUCUCCCUCACCAUCCCCGGCAAAUCCAACUUACUCAUGUCCCCAGGAUUACUAUCGUCAGGAGGCUGGCUAUGGCACACCACCAGGUGGCCAAAUGUACCCAUCGAACGUGCCAGCAGGUGGUGCCAAUAAAAACAUGCCACCCCCACCACCAGGACCCACCCAGCCUCGAAGACAUCCAGAUUUUACCAAAGAUCAGCAGUAUCCCCAGUACAAUCAGCAACGGCCACCCUAUCCAGGCUGGCCAAGUGGUGGUAAUCAGUAUAAUCAGGUAACUGGAAGUGCUAACAACAGGGUACCAUAUCCAAAUCAACAGCCACCACCACCACCCACACAACAGCAGCCACAUCCGCCUCAUCAGCAUCAGCAACAUCCGUCACAUCCACCACAUCAACCACAUCAGCCACAUCCACCACAGCAGCCACCAUCACAAGCCCAAAGUGUAUCGGCAAAUUCACCGAGUGGAUCUGGUGUUGCAAUGUCUAGUAGUAAUCAACCGUGGCCAAACUUAAGUAAUCAACCGCCAGCAAGGCCAUCCUCACAGCCUAGUAUAAAUCCAUUACCACAUGCACCACCACCACCUUGGGACAAUCGUUACUCCCAUCAACCCUCGACACUCUACCCACCACCUGGUUCACAUCAGGUGAGGGCGUCGCUACUGAGCCAGUUGAGCAUGAAUCCAAUGAUAACUCAACAGACAGCACCCAAACGAGAAAUGACAUUCCCACCUGACAGCGUGGAGGCUGUCACACCGUUACUCUACAAGAGACGUAAACUAGCGAGAAGCGAUGUUGCACCGGUUGAGGCAUGGAGAAUCAUGAUGGCAUUGCGCUCGGGGUUACUCGCCGAGAGCUGUUGGGCCCUCGAUGUAUUAAAUAUUUUGUUGUUUGAUGACAGCUCGGUGAGUUACUUCGGUCUGACGCACCUGCCAGGUCUCCUGGACGUUCUCCUCGAGCACUUCUCGCGUUCCCUCUCCGACAUGUUCGAGUCGUCAACCCUCGAGGAGGACCACUGGGACAAGACCUCCGACAUCCCAGAAGUCGACCUGGGCGCAGUAUCUCGUCCAAUCGACUCCGAGGACCGAACAAAGCUCCUGACAACCUCCAAUUACACCUUCCUCUCGCGUCGUGGCCGUCCCGUGAAGAUGGUGCCCCGUGACGACGACAUUUUCGUCCUCGACAAUCGUCGCCCCUGGGACCACUUGGACACAGACGCCGAGUGUGAGCCCUGGCAGGUGGAUCCCAGUGACACUAAAUACAUAAUCACCUGUUUUCAAUCAGAAAUUGGAAUGGCCCCAUUCGCGAGGCACCUCCGCGACGAGAAGCCCCCCCUCCUGCAGAAGGAAGUGGAGACCCUGGAGAUAAAGGACGAGUCGCGAUCCCAAGAUUGUGAAAAAAUUCCCGAGAUAACAAACGAGUCGUUACCCAAGUGUCCGGAGCUCCUGGAGAAGUCCUCGAAAGAGAAUGGGGAUUUAAAAUUGAAACAGCCCCCCCAACACCUCCACCUCGAGAAGAAGAAGAAGCCACGAACCCUGAGUGACGUUCUCUCGAGGAUAAAGAAAGAGCCAGUGGAGAUGAACGACCUGACACGUGAGCUCUUCGAGAAGAAAAACGACGGUUCAAAGCGCGACUGCGAGGCUGAUGGUAAACAGAACAACAACAUGGGCGAGCACCCAGUGGACUUUCCCAAAACUGAGGACAACAAUUUUCCCACGCACAAUGGCCUGAGUGACUCGACAAGUACCUUUGAUCCUCAAGUUAAAUCCGAGGAUCCCGACAACAGUGACGAUAACGACCACAAGACCAACGAUCCCGACACGAGAAGAACAAAAAAGAAAAAGCCUCGACCCGACGACGAUCACGACGAUCGAGAGCAGACUGACGAUGAGGAUGACGAUGUCAACAGAGACAAGAGCCAAAAGGACAACCAACUUGACGACACAGACACCCACAAAGAGGGACCAAGAUUACAGAUAAAGGAUCCAGCGGGCACCCUAAAACGAAGAAGAAUAAGUGAUUACGAGGACGAGAGCUACUCGAGGGACGAGGCUAGUCUCUACCUUGUGACAGAGUCGCAGGACAGUCUAGCAAGACGAUGUGUCUGUCUCUCGACAAUUCUCAGGAACUUGACAUUCAUACCGGGCAAUGAAUUGGAAUUCGCCAAGAACGUGACAUUCCUCAGUAUUCUUGGCAAGCUCCUUCUCCUCCAUCACGAGCAUCCAGUGAGAACCCAGAAGACGAGAAAUUACGACAGAGAGGAGGACGCUGACUUUGCUGACUCAUGCAGCAGCCUCCAGGGUGAGAACGAGUGGUGGUGGGAUUUUCUCUAUCACAUACGUGAAAAUGUUCUCGUUAUGGCAGCCAACAUUGCUGGCUACACCGAUCUCAGCCAACAUCCUGAGGAGAUAUCACGUCCAGUAUUAGAUGGUCUACUUCACUGGGCAGUGUGUCCAGCUGCUCACGGACAGGAUCCAUUUCCCACUGUCAACAUGAACUCGUCGUUAUCACCGCAGAGAUUAGCACUGGAGGCACUCUGCAAGCUCUGCGUUACCGAGAGCAAUGUCGAUCUUGUUGUUGCAACACCACCUUAUUCGAGACUACAGAGACUGUGUUCUGUGCUAACGAGGCUACUAUGUCGCAGUGAGGAGCAGGUGUUGCGUGAAUUUGGGGUUAAUUUACUCCACUUUUUGUCAGCCGCUGACUCGGGUGUUGCCAGGACUAUUGCCCUUCAAACACCCUGUGUUGCACUGCUUGUUGCCUUUAUUGAACAAGCUGAGAGCUCAGCACUUGGGGUUGCCAAUCAGCAUGGCUUUGCUGCACUCAGGGAAAAUCCUGAAUCAAUGGGGACUAGUCUCGAUAUGCUGAGACGAGCUGCUGGCACACUUCUCAAUCUCGCUAGACAUCCUGACAAUAGGACACUUCUACUGCAGCACGAGUCACGUCUACUUGCUCUCGUUAUGAGCCAAAUACUCGAUCAACAAGUCGCUGCUAUUGUUGCUCGGGUGCUGUUUCAGUGCUCAAGGGGUGCUGGUACGUAACUCAAAUCGUCAGGAUUUUAUGGUUUUCAAUGUUUAUGGAGAUAUCUGGGGGAAUUGAGUGGAUAGGGGGGGGGGAGUUUUGAGGUGGAACACUUGGAGGAUUGUGAAAUAAUUCAGACUAAAGUGGUUUAUUUCAGUGAAAUAAGUGAAUUAAUCCCUUGGAUGAAUCUCCACUGAUGACACAAAACGGCCAAAAAGAAUUUAUUAAUGGAAUAACAUCAUGCCGAUGAUUACAAAGUAAUUUUUUUUCUUUAUUAAUGGAGACGAGUGAAAAUAAAGAAUUCUUAGCGUUUUUCCACAUCCGGCACAGCAGUUGUUCUAGUUUUGUAUCGAGUUAAUGGGGGAAAAAAAAUAAUAAAAAAAGUAAUAAUUAAACGAAAAAUGGUAAUAAGAGGCAGAACGAGAAAAAAAAAUGAGGAAAAAAAAUACAAAAAAAUAUUAAAUAAUUAAGUAAGAGAAUAAAAAAAAUUAUUAAGUAAACAAUAAAUACAUAAUAAUAUUAUUAUUAUAACGUUAAAAUGCUAAUUAUUGGUGUUAGCGCAUUGGGUAUACGAGUGGAUGGAUAUCUCGAUCAUUCGUAUACCGAUAUUUCAUUCGUGAAAACAAAAAAAAAUUGGAAUAAAUAUCGAUAGUGUAAGAUAUUUCAUAGUUACUGAGGAGAUGACUUGUGAUGAAAAUGAAAAAAAAAACAUGGAGCAAUGUCUGCAUAAUACUAGGGAAAAUCAUAAUCACGAGGAUUCAGAGAUGAGAGAGAUAAUUACCAAUUGACACAGUUGAUUGAUCAAUCGAUUAUUGACAGAAAGAGGGGGGGGGGGGGUUUGGUGUUCGAGAUGAUGAAGAAAAAAUAAUAAAAAAUGAUGAAAUAUUAUUAUAAUUGAAGUUAAUAUCGGCUGACGAUUAAUAUAAAUACUACGAUGAUAUGAUUAAUGCAAAUUUUUACAUUUGCAUGUUUUUGUGCUGUAAUUAGCGAGUAAUUAAGUAUAUUUUGUAGAUAACAUUACACUUCCAUUGAAUUCUUA